AGCUAGCGCGACUGCGCGUUCGGGUCCGCGCUGCUUUAGUAGUACCAAUUAAACUUAUCUGCAGGAGUUUGGCAGAAACAAUUUUGCCAAACGAGCAGAUGAUUUCAUUCGAAUAGAUUUAAACAUUUACAUUCGAAAAUGUGAUUUCCUUUAUCACUUGAAUAAAACAGAUAAAUUAUAUGUGACUGCUACUAAAAUUGAUUACUUUAGACUUGAUGAAAUCAUGAUUAAGCAGUCAAGGCUGAAUGAAAGACGUCAAUUAAUUGAAGACACCUGUAGUACAGAGAGUAGCGUGCAUUGAUACAGACAAAUGUGCAUGCAUGUAUAUAUGUGUGCAUGUGUAAUUGAGUGUGCGCUAACACAUUAAAAGCAGUCUUACAUGCAACGGUAAAAAAAAAAUUUUAAUAGCAAUAAAGCAUCUUAGUAAAUAAUUAAGUGCAAAAGAAUAUUUAAAUCAAUGUAAGCUGCAAGUAAAUAAAUGGUUAUGUGAAAAGUUUAUAGGGAGACUUUCUGAACGGUUGACUGUUUUCUUUCCAUUGCGGCUAUCGGUGUCUUCCGAAAAAUCAACAAAGGCCGCUUUGCCAGUGAAAAUAAUAAUAAAAAGCUUCAGCCAUCAUCCAGAUAUCUUCAGAAGCCGCACAGCAAUCGACAUUUACCAACUUCGGCUACCAGAAAAUCACAAAAGCCAUACAUUAAAGAUACAAUGACCAACUAAGAUAUCUUGUGUACAUUAAGCAGAAGCAACGAUGUUAGUGCACCAUGUUGAAGGAGUGUGUACUUACACAUAUGACCAGGAUCUUUAUAUCAAUACAAGUAACAUUCGAUCAAACUCUCUUCUUGACCUUUGCUGCCAAUAUGUUGUUCAACAUGCCUCAUUAACUUUGCAAGCCUUGGAUUAUCUUCCAUCACACCUCUAUAGAACUCUCACAGGAUUUGCAGUUGUUGGCCAUCGAGAUAGGGCUUUAAACUUCUUAUUACCAAACUGGCCAGAUCAGAAAAUGAGUGUCUUUGAUUUAGUUCAUGAUCAUUAUACAUCAUUUAGUACAGUAGUACCUUGUACAUGGGCAGAAGAGAAAUACUACUUACCCAACUUCAUUAUUACAACAUUUGUUCAUAAACUUCUUCAUUGCUUAGAAAGGGAACUUCCUCUAACAUUGCAGUUGUUGGACUUAAGCGGUUUUAAUAUAGAUGACCCUAAACUGCUGAAACUGUGUGAAUAUGUCAUUGGAAAUCAAAACUUUACUCCUAGAAAAAAUAUACAAUCUGUGGCAAUACGGUUAAAUGCUGUUUUGACCAGAGCAGAUACUUUCAAAAAACUGGGAGAAGCUUUGGCAAAAUGUAUGAAUUGUCGCUUAAAAAUACAAAUCAACAGACUAGACAUUCGAUCAAUGCCAUACAUUGUUAUCAAACGUUUGCUGGAACUACUGAGUGGCAGAGAGUAUAUUCAUGAAAUCACUCUGAGGUACAACCAUUUGAUGGUGCGUGGAGUAGUAGCCUUGUCACCUUUCCUUCGAAUAAUGACAAGGUUGACCCAUCUAGAUCUGUCUUGCAACAACAUACGCCUACAGGAUCAUUUUAACUUUGGUACACAAAUUCUAGGAGAACUUUUUGCACAGCUCAGCUGCUUGAAAGAACUGAAUAUGAGCAACAACUGGAUAAAAGGAAACCUUCAUUUACUACUUUCUAGAAUAUCACAGCCUCUUGAAUCUCUCUGUAUCUCUGGUUGCAGUAUAUCUAUUGGAGAUUUAAACUAUCUGUCCAAAUGCAUUCACACCACUGGCCUGAUUCAUUUGGACUUGAGUGAAAACAAUUUAAGUGACAAAUUACAACCCAUGUUAGAAUUUUUAAGUGCAGCUCGCAAAAACUUAAAGCAUUUUGAAGUACAAAAUUCCAGGCUUUCAAGUCAUCAUAUGGAAGAUCUUGGGAGAAUGGUUUGUCAAAUGGAAAAACUUGAGUACCUAAAUUUGUGUUCAACAGUAAUUUGUGAGUCUGACAUGUUUAAAUUGUUACGAACAAUCUGCAAUGCUGCUAACUUAAAACACAUAUGUUUUACUAGUCAUAUUGAGAUGGGUCUCAGUAUAGACAGCACUGGUUUCAUAGCAGGAGAUAUACCAAAACAAAUUCACACAAUACUUCUACAGAACAGAAGAAAUACAGGACUUAAAGUCUAUUUUAAAAUUACUCCUGAUACUUACUAAUUUGCAUUUUGUACAUUGUUCCUGAUUUUAUAAAGCAUUCAUAUAUAAAUAAUAUUUGAAAUCAAAA